UGAAAUGUUGUCUGUUCAUAUUAUUAUUUAUCGAUGAAAAUCUUUGACAAAUGUUCUUGACUUCGUCGAUUUUAGCUCAACAGACGGGAAAGUGUUGACACGUGACGUUGACGUUUAACUCCUGUAACAAUGUAACAACCUGGAUCAAGUUCUAGAUCUGAUUCUGGUUCCAGAUCUAUAACUGAUUCUAGUUGUGAUUCUGGUCCUAGUUGUAGUCAUGGCUCUGGACUGGGUCGGGUUCAGUUAUGCUGUUCUGGUGUCAGUGGGAGGAGUCAUUGGUUUUGUGAAAGCAGGCAGCGUCACCUCCCUGGCUGCCGGGCUCCUGUUUGGCCUGUUGGCCGCGGUCGGUGCUUAUCUGGCAUCUCAGAAUCCAAAGAAUGUGUGGCUGCUGCUGGGCACCUCGGGAACUCUCACUGUGGUGAUGGGCCUGAGAUUCAUCAACUCCUGGAAGUUCAUGCCAGCAGGUCUAAUGACUUUAUUCAGCGGACUGAUGCUGGUGAAGAUCAUAACUGGGAUGUUGACGAGGCCACACGAAUCCUGAUAAAUACUUAAAUAGAUAUUUUCUGCGUACAAAACAUACAUUCCCUCUUUGCAGUCGUCUGUGAGAACAAUUUAAGUUUAAACAAUAUUUUUAUGGAAAACAUUCACCUUAUCAGGAUUAUCUUUGCACAGCUAAUUGUGUUUAAACCUGUUUGUGUACUUUAAUAAGAAAAUAUACUUUAUAUCUGCACUUUUUCACUCCAUUGAAAUAAAACAUUCACUCACUUCUAUACAAAAAUAA